AUGGCCAAAACAGCAACCGCAUACAAAGAGAAGAUGAAGGAGCUGUCUGUCCUCUCCCUCAUCUGCUCCUGCUUCUAUCCAGAAACACGCAACAAGCUCAUGUCUGAGUUUGAAGACAUGGAGGUGAAAGCUAUAAACAAGCGUGCCUCUGGCCAGGCCUUCGAGGUGAUUCUCAAGCCUCUGUCUCCAGUAUCAGAUGUAAACCCCAGUCUCCCCUCACCCCCCAAGAGGGACAUCUCCUUGGAGGACAUUGAGAAGAAACUGGAGGCUGCUGAAGAUCGAAGGAAGUACCAAGAAGCUGUGUUGCUGAAGGCUUUGGCAGAAAAGAGGGAGCAUGAAAGGGACGUGUUGCUAAAGGCCAUGGAAGAGAACAGCAAUUUCAGCAAGAUGGCCGAGGAGAAGCUCCAGAUGAAAAUGGAGCAGAUCAAGGAGAACCGUGAAGCCCAUCUGGCAGCCAUGCUUGAGCGUCUACAGGAGAAGGAAAGACAUGCAGCAGUGGUGCGCAGGAACAAAGAGUUGAAGGAAGAGCUGACAGCAUGA